AUGCAUUUAGCGUUUUUUCUGUUGUUAUUUAAUUACGUUCGAUGCUUUGAAUAUGUUGAAUUGAAAACGCGAAUUGGUGUAGUGCGGGGACAUAGAAACAAUUAUGGCGCUGAAUUUUUAGGUAUACCAUACGCUAAAGUCGAUGACGGACGUCCAUUUGGGAAUUCACUUCCCUAUCCAUACUUCGAGGCACCUUUUGAAGCUUCCAACCCAUCAACAAGAUGUCCGCAAGUUGGCCGCGUCAUCGGGGGUACGCAACAAUGCCUCACCCUCAAUAUAUACGUGCCCGAAAAUGCCAAUGCCACUCAAACUGUGCCGGUUUUCGUUUGGUUCCACGGUGGAGGUUUCAAAAUCGGAAGCGCUGGCGAAUACGGUGGCAAACAUCUCACCCAACACGGUAUUAUCGUGGUCACAGUCAAUUACCGACUCGGGCCGUAUGGCUUUCUCUGUUUGGACGAAGAAGUUCCAGGUAACCAAGGCUUGAAAGACCAGGUAACCGCCUUGAAAUGGGUCCAAGCUAACAUUGGCGAUUUUGGAGGUGAUAAGAGUAAAGUGACGAUUGGAGGUCAGAGUUACGGAGGAGGAGCCGUCGACCUCCACAUGUACUCAUCAGAUGUUAAGCUGUUUGAUAAAGUAAUCAUACAGAGCGGCUCGAUGUAUGCCGAAGGGGCGUUUGUCAAAAGUGAUUUGAACGCAGCGAUUAAACUAUCAGGGCAAUUGGGAUGCUCCACCAAUAAUACCAAAGACGCCCUGAAAUGUCUGGCCACAAGAGACAGUCUAACAGUUGUGAAAGCUGCCAAAGAUAUCGGUUUGAAGCUAGGAGCGUGUAAAGAAAAAACUAUGAACGGUUCCGAGAAUUUCAUAACUCAAGACCCGUUCCAUUUGGAUUUCGUAAAACGUGACGACAUAGCCGUUUUGAUAGGUCACAAUAGUAAUGAAAACUUCGCGAGAUUCGCUAACCAAUCUGAAGAGUUUUAUGAGCGACUGGCGAAUGUGUUCCGAGAGAAAUUCGUAAAUAAUUUCGUGCUAAGCGAGAACGAUCUAGAUCAGCUAUCUAACAAUACUCAAGCCUUUUAUUUAGGCAAGAAUGGUAGUCUGACCGCCAAGGAGCUAAAAGAAUUUAAUGUACAACUAAGCGAUUUCAGUUCGGAUUUCAUGUUGAACUACCCAGUCGAAUGGUCAAUUAAGAACUACCUCCGAAAAGGGCUGAAGAAGAUUUACAAGUAUGUAUUUUCGUAUACUGGCGGAAGUCCCUUCAAGGACGUGCCUGGUGUGGGGGCUUAUCACACCGAAGAGCUCCAAUAUUUAUUCGAAACGGAACAACAAGGCAAUUCUGAUGAGCAACAGUUACUUAGGAAAAGAAUGACUAGUAUGUGGGCCAACUUCGUGAAGUUCGGAAAUCCAACACCAAGUCGAACCGAUCUACUGCCAGUGGCCUGGGUGCCUGUAACCGAAAGUACUCAACCGUAUCUCAACAUAGACGUAGAGAUGAAAAUGCUGGACAAUCUGUUCGAAUCUAGAAUGAAAUAUUGGGCAGAUUUCUGGAGCCAGCAUUGGAUGAAAAAUAUAAUCCUUUCGUAG